CAUUCGCAUCGACAAGACACAGAUCGCGUUGAAUGCCAUCGACUUGAAAGUUUUUGGUUUUAAGUAAUUUUAACAGCUUGUGAGAGAAUUUUGCUUGCUUCUCGGCUUUCAAACGCGUUUUCGUGAUUCGCGUUAAUAAAUUCGUUUUCGGCGGAAAUAUUACAGAAAAGUGAGUUGUUAUUUUACGAGCUUCCUUGCGCGCUACUGUUGCUGUGUAUUUCUGACCCAACAGAAAGUAAAUAAUAAAAAUAAACAGCGAAGAGGAAAAAAAGGCCAAAAAAUAAUAAAAAUAAAACAAAUUGCCAAAAAUAAAUUACUUAAUCUAAUAUAAAUCUUGUGUGAGUGAAGAGAAGCGAAGAAAAAAAUUAAAUAAAUUUACAUUCGAAAUGGGUGACAAAUUUCCGGAUAUCGUUGAGUUAAACGUCGGAGGUGUUCAUUACACGACCACACUCAAGACAUUAGUCAGCGAAGAGAAUUCCAAGUUGCAUCAGAUGUUCAAGGGCAGUGCAAAAGACGUAACUCGCGACUCCAAAGGACGCGUUUUUCUCGAUCGUGAUGGCGUUCUUUUCCGCUACAUCCUCGAUUAUCUUCGCGAUACGGACUUAAAACUCCCCGAGGGAUUCCAAGAACGCGAACGUCUCCGUAAAGAAGCAGAAAAUCUCAACGUUACAGGUCUCGUGAAAGUUCUCACGACUUUUGUCGAUCAACAUCCGCCCGGAUGCAUCACAGUUGGAUAUCGCGGGAGCUUUCAAUUUGGCAAAGAUGGUUUAGCUGAUGUCAAAUUUCGUAAACUCUCUCGAAUUUUAGUUUGCGGAAGAGUCGCAUUGUGUCGCGAAGUAUUUGGCGAUUCGUUAAAUGAAUCACGUGAUCCGGAUCAUGGAGGUCCCGAUAGAUACACGGCACGUUUCUUCCUGAAACACACGUUGAUCGAACAAGCCUUCGACGAUUUGCAGAAAAAUGGAUUCAAAUUGGCAGGAGCUUGCGGAUCGGGUACUGCAGGCGGAGGACCAACGGAAUUGAAACCCGGCGUUGAACCUGAAGAAAAUCGCUGGAAUCAUUACAACGAAUUCGUUUUUGUAAGAGAUUAAACAGGAUUUUAGUUUCGGUUGAUGGUUCAAAUGAUAAAAACGGACGGAUAACAGCAGCAGCAAAACAUAAAAAGUCAACAUCGGUAUCGUUAUUAAGUAUUAUGAUGAUUAUAUCAUGUUUCAUUUAAAUUUUUGAUGAAAGUAUUAGCG